CGCUCUCUGGUGUGUCAAAGUUUUCUAAAAUAAAAAAAGGUACAGUAAAAAAUAAAAAAGCAAAGUGGAUUUCAGAAUCUGAGUACCAGCCAAUUUAAUAAAGUGCCAAGAUUUCCUCUCCAGAUUUUCAGUUUCAGAAGUGAGAGAGAGAGAGAGAGAGAAAGAGAAAGAAAGUCACAUUCUUUUUCAGCCUCUCUGACUAUAAAAAUUCCCCCACUUCUUUCUUCUCUUACCUCAUUUCAUCUUUCUCCCUUUCUACCUGUUCUUCUUCCACUUGCCAUUUUUAUUUUCUAAAUCUAAAUAAACAUACUCAAAUUUUGUUCUUUUACUUCGAGCUCCAUGAAACUACACUAGAAAAACUUUGCUUGUUGACCGAUUUCAUUGUGGAAUAUAUAUUAUCUGAAGUAAUUCGUAUGAUGAUGAAUAUGUCGAGAAACGGCGUCGUUCCGAAUCUUCGAUGGAACUCAGAUUCUGUAAUUGAUCUUUCUCCGUCAGACUAUCAAUCGGAAGCUCAUGUUUUAGCUGUUGAUGACAGUAUCAUUGAUCGUAAAGUGAUUGAGAAAUUGCUUAAAACUACUUCUUGUAAAGUUACAGCAGUAGAUAGCGGAAUGAGAGCUUUGCAAUAUCUUGGUUUAGUCGAAGAUCAGAGGUCCUCUGUUGAUGGUUUGAAGGUUGAUCUAAUUAUUACCGAUUACUGUAUGCCUGGAAUGAAUGGAUAUGAACUUCUCAAAAGAAUCAAGGAAUCAUCAGCCUUUAAAGAAACCCCAGUUGUUAUUAUGUCCUCAGAAAACGUUUUGGCGCGAAUCGAUCGAUGUUUGGAGGAAGGAGCAGAGGAUUUCAUCUUAAAGCCAGUGAAAUUAUCAGAUGUGAAGAGGCUUAAAAACUACAUGAGCAAAGAAGAUAGAUCCGACGGUAGAGAAAGUGGGAUAAACAAGAGGAAAGAAAGGGACGGUUCUGAUCAUUCCUCGGAAUCACAAUCGCAAUCACCUCCUUCUACUAGAUCUUCACCUGAUUCAGUAUCAUCAUCUUCAUCAAUACAAUCGCAGCCUUCUAUUUCCCCAUCAAUGCCUAUGCCUUCUAUUACUUUUGAGCCUUUAGAUUUACCCGAAUCUCCUUCCUCGCCAUCUGGACCGUUGGAUUGUCCUACACCUUCUUCUCCUUCCCCUGAACCGUUGGAUUCCCCUACUCAACGGCUGAAGAUGUCCACCUCAGAUCUUGUGGACCCCACUUCUUGAUCUUACCUUUCACAAUUGGUAAUAAAAAAUGAAAAAAAAAAAAGAAAAAAGGAAGUUGGCAAAUUUGGAGAAACUGCUCUUGCUUUCAAUGGUUUUUCUUUGCCGGCGUUUUGCAAUUUACGCGGUACAUCUAACGGUUUCCUUCUUUAUAUUAUAUUUUAUUUUUUUUAAUUUGUAUUUUGGGACUUUUUUUUUUGGGUUAUUUAUUGGAAAAUUACAGGAAAUUUACUCAUUAUGAUAUGCUAAAUUAGUCUAUGAAUCCCUUAAAUACCCACUGUAAAGUAAUUGAAGCUGUUUUGAAAGAGUUGUUGCUUAUAUUUAGUUAUGAAUUAAUUAAUAUAACGUUCUUAGUUACG